GCAACAAAAACUUUCCUUCGUCUCCACAACUAUCAAACGACACUGCUUUUAUGCGUUUCAUGCUCUGUUUCUGAAGAAAAAAACCAUGGCCGUUUCUUUCAUACCUUGUUUUCUCAUUCUUUCCCUCUUCUCAGCCAUUGACGCACAUUCUGGAAUGAUCGGAGUCAACUAUGGCCGGAUAGCUAACAACCUCCCGUCGCCGGAGAAAGUAGUGAACCUCCUGAAAUCACAAGGAAUCAACCGUAUCAAAAUCUUCGACACCGAUAAGAAUGUACUAACCGCACUUGCAAAUUCCAGAAUCAAAGUAAUCGUAGCUCUCCCCAACGAGCUUCUCUCCUCCGCCGCCUCCCACCAAUCAUUCGCCGACAACUGGAUUAAAACCCACAUUAUGUCAUACUUCCCAGCCACGGAGAUCGAAGCUAUCGCCGUCGGUAACGAAGUAUUCGUCGAUCCGAAGAACACGCCGUAUCUUGUCUCUGCGAUGAAGAACAUUCACACCUCUCUCGUUAAGUAUAAACUCGACAAAGCCAUCAAGAUCUCUUCUCCGAUUGCUCUUAGCGCACUGGCUAAUUCGUACCCGCCAUCUUCUGGUUCUUUUAAACCGGAUUUAAUCGAACCGGUUAUUAAACCAAUGCUUGCUCUGCUGCAACAAACCUCGUCGUUUCUCAUGGUAAAUGCUUACCCGUUUUUCGCUUACGCAGCAAACGCCGAUAAAAUCUCUUUAGACUACGCUCUGUUUAAACAAAACGCCGGGAAUAUAGAUUCCGGUACCGGAUUGAAGUACAACAGUCUUUUUGACGCACAAAUCGACGCCGUUCACGCGGCAUUGUCUGCCGUCGGAUUUAACGGCGUUAAGGUGAUGGUGACGGAGACAGGGUGGCCUUCCGUUGGAGACGAGAACGAAAUUGGUGCAAGCGAAUCAAACGCGGCGGCGUAUAACGGUGGACUCGUGAAGAGAGUGUUAACCGGUAAAGGAACGCCGUUAAGACCGACGGAGCCACUUAACGUCUAUUUAUUCGCUUUAUUCAACGAAAACCAGAAACCGGGGCCAACGUCUGAGAGAAACUACGGACUGUUUUACCCAAACGAAAGGAAAGUGUACAACGUUCCGUUCUCCAGAGUGAGGUCAACGCCGGUCAACGGUAACAGAGGUCAGGUUCCGGUGGCGCAUGAGGGACAUACGUGGUGCGUUUCGAACGGAGAGGUUGCGAGGGAGAAGCUUCAGGAGGCUCUUGAUUACGCUUGCGGAGAAGGAGGAGCUGAUUGCCGUCCGAUUCAGCCAGGUGCCACGUGUUAUCAUCCUGAGUCGUUAGAAGCUCACGCUUCGUACGCUUUUAACAGUUACUACCAGAAGAACUCACGUCGUGUUGGUACGUGCUACUUUGGUGGAGCUGCUCACGUUGUCACGCAACCUCCUCCCAACAUGGGUGAUGAAAUAAGCUUCGUUGAAGAGAUGAAUCAACGACUUCUAAUAACCGUCGCCGAUACCGAACAAGUCCCGGAUCUCCGAUCAAUAUCAUCACGAAACGACCAAGAAUCCGAACCAGCUAACAUCUCACAAUGGCCACUAUUCUUCAAACUCUUUCUAGCCAUCACCAUCAUGGGUGCUUGCGUAGCAUGUGUCUCGUUUAUCAUAUUGAUUACGCCAACUCCACCCACCGUUCACGUACAAUCCAUGCAUAUAUCCUUCGCCAACCACAAAAUACUGUUCUGGUCCGCAGUGUUCUCUAUCAAUAACCCUAACGAGAAACUCCACGUCACGUACGAGAAUCCUUCGGUGUGGUUGUUUCACCAGGGAAGGCUUGUGUCGACGGUAAGAACCGAUUCGUUCGGACAGAAAGGCAGAGAGGAGAAUAAGGUGAUUGUGAAUGGAGACGAAACCGAAGUUACCGAUGAAGAGGCGGCUUGGGAAAUGGAGGAUGAAGUGGCGGUGACAGGAGGUGUGGUAGAUUUUUAUAUGGUGUUUUCAGGGAGAGUAGGGUUUUAUCCAGGAGCUUCUGCUUUAUGGGGAGAACAGUACAUGUCAGCUGUUUGUGAAAAUGUAAGAACGAAGUUGUAUAAUGUUGAUGACCAGAUUUAUGGGACAAAUAGAUCGGUUUUGUCGUUUGAUGGUCGACUAGAUUGUCGUGUACGUCUCCCGAGAUAUCCUUAGGUUAAUAAUGUCGACUAGAUUUUGUUUUUGCAUUUGUUAGGAUUAUAUGUUGUUCGAUGAAUUAUGUCUGAUUAACGAUGUUAUGUUACAUUUUUUUUGACGACUAUUAUUGAAGCUUAAUGAUGGUGAUGACAAUCGAUGACCUUAUAAAAUUAGGUUUUAAAC